UCUGUGCACUUCUCUCAUUUCCGAAGCUCCAAAAAAAAAAUUUUCUUUGUGCUUCGACAAUAUCUCCUGAGCACAAAGGUCCCAUAUUUGCUUCGAAUCAGAGAAACCCUAAAAGAGAUAUGCGAAUUUAGAGAGAGAGAGAGAGGAUGGCGAGGCCAGCAGCGAAGCAAGGUUAUGGUCGCGUGGUGUUGGUUUCGUGCGUCGCGCUUCUCGCCGUCGGACUCGUCGGAGACUUCCUUUGGGCUUCUUCUCACCGCUUCUCCUCAUCCUCCGCCUCCUACUGGUCUACCGUCGUCGUCCCGGAGAAACCCGACGCCGGAGAAUCCACCAUUAAAGCUAGUGAGAAAGUUACUAAGAAGAAGAGUGAUGGCCUUCACGAGAGAAAACUCUCGGCCACAUUUCAAGAUUUGCCUGCCCCCGAAUUGAAAUGGGAGAAGAUGGCACCUGCACCCGUUCCUCGUCUAGAUGGAGCUGCAAUACAGAUAAAAAAUCUUCUGUACGUUUUUGCUGGAUAUGGCACCAUUGAUUUUGUACAUUCGCAUGUUGAUAUAUACAAUUUCACAGAUAAUACGUGGGGAGGGCGGUUUGAUAUGCCCAAAGAGAUGGCACAUUCGCAUUUAGGGAUGGUUACUGAUGGGCGACACAUUUAUGUUGUCACGGGUCAAUAUGGUCCCCAGUGCAGAGGGCCUACAGCUAAAACGUUCGUGCUCGAUACUGAUACUAACACAUGGAGUGACUUUCCACCUCUCCCGGUUCCAAGGUAUGCUCCGGCUACUCAACUAUGGAGGGGUAGACUCCAUGUGAUGGGUGGAAGCAAGGAGAAUCGACAUACACCCGGACUAGAGCAUUGGAGCAUUAUGGUGAAAGAUGGCAAAGCAUUAGAAAAUGAGUGGAGAAGCGAAAUUCCAAUCCCCCGUGGUGGACCUCACAGGGCAUGUGUAGUUGCGGACGACAGACUUUUUGUCAUUGGUGGUCAAGAAGGUGAUUUCAUGGCUAAACCUGGAUCGCCCAUCUUCAAAUGCUCCCGCCGUCUCGAGGUUGUAUACAGUGAUGUCUACAUGCUGGAUGGAGAUAUGAAGUGGAAAGCUAUGCCGUCAAUGCCAAAACCCGAUUCCCAUAUCGAGUUUGCUUGGAAAAUAGUUGAGAACUCUAUUGUAAUCGUGGGAGGCACCACAGAGAAGCACCCUGAAACCAAGAAGAUGGUUUUGGUCGGCGAGAUCUUCCGGUUCAACCUGGACACACUGAAAUGGUCUGUGAUCGGAAAACUACCCUACCGGGUGAAAACUACGCUGGUCGGGUAUUGGGACGGGUGGUUGUACUUCACAUCCGGGCAGCGAGACAAAGGUCCAGAGGAUCCAUCCCCGAGGAAAGUCCUUGGAGAAAUGUGGAGAACUAAACUGAAACUGGAGCCAUAAACCCUAAAAUGAAAAAUACCCAAUUCGGUAGGACAUUUUGUAUUGUAAUAUAAUACUUUUCCAAUUCAUAAUCUGCAUUCUUUCAAGCUCGAUUCAUCCUCA